CACACCCAUACAGGAAACUAGAGUUUGUACCUAGCAGACUGACAUCAGCUAGAGGAAUAUUUCUACACGUGGAGAUGUAUCCAGCAUACGUGAUUAUAAUAACAGUCCUUGUUCUGGUAUGCAAUGGCUCUUGUGUUAGCCCGGAGGAUGAGAUUCAGCAAGUGAAAGAACAACUACAAGUGUUCGUCGACAAGUUAGUUCUAAACAACGACGGGGAGAAACGGGACGUGACAGGGCAGACAACAGCAUCUGACGACCUCAAUGCCGAGGACCAUGGGGAGAAACGGGACGUGACAGGGCAGAAGACAGCAUCUGACGACCUCAAUGCUGAGGACCAUGGGGAGAAACAGGACGUGACAGGGCAGAAGACAGCAUCUGACGACCUCAAAGCUGAGGACCAUGGGAAACGUGUGGUAGGAGGCACGCCCAUGGGGCGGAACCAAUGGCCAUGGCUCGUCUCUCUUCAUUUCUUACGCCCAUUCUGGUUUACGGAGAAAACUGGCAUGCGACAUUUGUGUGGUGGCACUCUCAUCAGCACAAACCCCGAGUGGGUCAUCACUGCUGCACACUGCGUCAGUGAAGAGAUGAACGCAGGCUUAGGUAACCCGAAACAUGUAAACACCCUGCUAUAUGACAUCGCUCUACUGAAGUUAAUGCCUGUCGAACUGCUACAACUUGAAGACACAGCCGAUCUAGAUGAAGGUGAAUUCGCCCCUGGCCAGCUGUGCUCUGUUGCCGGAUGGGGACAAGUUUCUUACCGACCCAAGGGUUGGGGAAAUUUCAUUCCCCUGAUAGCCUCUGUUUCUUUGGUGGACACCGACGUAUGCAGUGAGCAGUAUGAAGCAGUAGAGACAGAGUUUUAUAUAGAUCAGUCAACAAUAUGUGCUGCCUCAGAUGAAGGUCAUGAUGCAUGCUUGGGUGACUCCGGAGGACCGUUGAUGUGUCAGAGCCCUAGCGAUGACCGCUGGAAAUUAGUGGGAGUGGUUUCCAGCGGCUACGAAUGUGGAAUGAAGGACUUCCCAGGAAUCUACACACGUAUAAACUACUACAGGAGCUGGAUUGACAGAGUAAUGGAAGCAUGACACUCUCACCUGGAGGAGUGAAAAAUGACACAAUACCACAGAGUGACAUUCCAAUACACUGAGUUAUAACUGUCUUACUGAAGUUUCUGUUACAUUUCAUAUGUAUCAUCUUCACAAACAACAAUUCCUUGUAAAUUUGAGGGAUUUCAUUUUAAUUUGAGGUUAAAUAUAAAACAAAAUGAGUAUUAAGAAAAAUGUGGUUAUUUCUUUGUGAUGUUAGAAGUUGAUAACAAUUAAAAAACCUGAGUUAUUAUCAAAUGCACUUAUUGUUUUCAUGAUGUUAUCAUACUCUGGAGCCUUCUGACUGUUCCAUCGUCUGUGACAAUGGAUCCGAUUAACUACAUGCUGACCACUUGACCUUGUGAUAUUUCAAAUAAACCAUCUGACCCGUU